CAUGUUGGAUUCUUUUAGGUUAUCUGCUCAAGAGUUUCAAACGAGAGACAAUCAAAGUCGACUGGCUUUGUGCCCUCUUUUUUCGAAGAUAGGUGAUUAUGUCUCCAGAGUUUUACAGGAUGGUUAUUUUACAGGUGUCAACUUUGGAGUUGGUACCCAAACCAAGCAAGGCAUCAUUUAUCAACUUCAAGGGAAAACAUAUUCAGGAACGGAACCCUUUUUUGCGGGUCAAUGGAAUCAAGAGAUUCCUUUUCAACAAGAAACAAGUUGGAUUGAUAGAGGUAGCUUUGGAGUACGCUUGCUCUCAAAGGGUCCUGUUUGUUGUGAAAGUGUUCUAGAUAUGUCAAAGAGGUUUGGUUUGAUGGCCACUUUGAGUGCUUUUGAGAGUGACCACGAACGUUUCAAAGCUCAGUUCGAUUGGCAAAGGAAACACGUUGCGCUUUCAACCAAUUUUAUUUUUGGAGUUGCGCCAAAAAUGGAGACUUCCCUUGUUGUUGGGUUUUCGAACUUACUCUUAGCUACUCAACUAGCGUUGGAACCAACUUUUAAGUUUCCCUCUUGGGUUGUUGCGUGUAAUUAUCAAGACGGAGACUCAGGUCAAAUUACUUUGUUUAUUCACGAUAGAGGACCCUCGGUUACGUGUUCUUAUCUCCAUAACGUUUCUGGUCGGCUAUCUGUUGCAGCGCGUUUUGUGUAUAGUUCCAAUAUUGAACAACGUUCCUUAGUUUUUGGAACCCAGUAUUAUCUCGAUAAUGAUACUCUUUUGAAAGCAAAAGUAGAUUCGAGUGGCACAAUUGCUUUAUCUUGUAUUCAACAGCUGACAAGAAGUGCACCGUGGAAGGUACAAAUAGGAAUCUCCUCAUUCAUCGAUGUUGCUUCUGUUGAGAAAAAGUCUCCUGCUAUGGGCGUUUCUUUACAAGUGGAGUCCUAAGAAUAUAAUUAUUUGGCAACAA